AUGACAGCAGAAGAUAAGGAAGGUGUUCCACGAUUCGGAGACACCAUGCAAAUAAGACUGCUGCAAAAGACCAUGGAGGUCACGUAUAUGAUACAAGACGUACACAAAUACCUAGAGAGAACGUGGCAGCAGAGGAUGAGGGAGCUGCUGCACUAUUCGAAGAAGCUGUCUCACAAACGUUUCAAGGAAACCUCUGAUCCUACUCACUACGCGAUCUUCCAGCGACUUAGAGCCCAAUGUACUGUUCUUGUUUCUCAGUGUCGUCGUAAGCUCCUGGAUCGCAUCAAUGAUUCAGUGUCGAACAACCCUAAAAGUUUUUGGAGCUAUUUCUCUCCUACACAAUUCUUCCAAUCCUAUCUUCGGGGUCGAACGCUGAGUGUGAGGUGUGGUACUGCUAUUUCUCACCCCAUUAGUGCUGAGUCAGGAGUUCCUCAAGGGUCACAUCUGGGACCUUUCCUUUUCAACCUCUUCAUCAACGACAUUGGUGAUGCCCUGACCGCCAAACAUCUUUUAUUUGCUGAUGAUGUGAAGUUUUUUCUGGAAUCAUCCUCGGGCCAUGAUGUGGACCGUCUCAGGUCGUCAUUAAGGGCAGUGGAGCACUGGUGUUUUGAAAACUCUAUGGACCUGAACAUAUCUAAAUGUUCAGUUAUGACCUUUUCCAGAUCUCGGAAUCCACUUUUUCAUGACUAUUACCUUGGCAGCGAACUUCUCCAUAGAGUCUGGAAGAUGAAGGACCUUGGUGUCAUAACUACUUCAACUCUCCAUCCCGAUGAGCAUGUGCGGUUCAUUUGCAGGAGAGCCAACUCCACGCUUGGCUUCGUCUUUCGUUUCUCUGGGGGGCUGCAUGUUGACUCUCUAGUAACAUUGUAUAAGACACUAGUGCGUCCGCUCCUGGAGUACAACUCUUCUGUGUGGGCUCCGUAUCAAUCUACUCUCAUAUCGGAUAUUGAGAGAGUCCAGGUCCGAUUCAUCAGAGUUGUUGGCUGCCGAAUGGGAUACAACUACCUUGAAGUCCCUGUACCACUACUGAAGUCUCACUUCCGUCUUCAUGACUUAGACAUUCGCAGAAGGAUUCAAGACUCAGUUCUCCUCAUGAAGUUGAUCAAUGGUGUUGUGGGCUGCCCUGAGCUGUUACAGGAGCUUCCUUUUCACAUUCCUGGUCGUACAAGAUCCCAGGAUUUGUUUGAGAGGCUUCAGUACUCUACGUUAUACCAGCAACGCAGUACGCUCCCACGCCUUUUACAACUCGGCAAUGAGAUAAGUGGAUCUGUGGACUUUUUCUCUCCUGGUGUGGCUCGAUUUCGUAGCCAAGCUGUGCGCCUUCUUACUGCAAAUGAUGGAGUUAGUGAUGAGUGA